AAAAGCCAAAGGGGCUCCCGCUUCCCUUGCAAAAGCCUCGCCAACAAGCCGUGCGCUGCCGGCGCCCCGCUUCCCGCUGCCUCCUUUCUCGUCGCUCCCCAGGUCCGUGUUCUAGCAAGCCGCUGCAUCCGGCAGCAGCCCCGAUCGCUCGGGAAAGCUGGCUCCCUGCGCCAUGGUCACCCACAGCAAGUUCCCCAGCGCCGGGAUGAGCCACCCGCUGGACACCAGCCUGCGCCUCAAGACUUUCAGCUCCAAGAGCGAAUACCAGCUGGUGGUGAACGCUGUGCGCAAGCUGCAGGAGAGCGGCUUCUACUGGAGCGCGGUGACAGGUGGGCAGGCCAACCUGCUGCUAAGUGCCGAGCCCACGGGAACCUUCCUCAUCCGAGACAGCUCGGACCAGCGGCACUUCUUCACCCUCAGCGUCAAGACCGAGUCGGGCACCAAAAACCUGCGGAUCCAGUGCGAGGGGGGCACCUUCUCUCUCCAGAGUGACCCUCACAGCAGCCAGCCCGUGCCUCGCUUUGACUGCGUCCUGAAGCUGGUCCAUCACUACAUGCCCCUCCCCGAGCAGCAGCCAGGGCAGGCGCCGCACCCCAAACGUGCCUACUACAUCUACUCAGGUGGGGAGAAGAUCCCGCUGGUGCUGAGCCGCCCUCUCUCGUCCAAUGUGUCCACCCUGCAGCAUUUGUGUCGCAAGACGGUCAACGGGCACUUGGAUUCCUACGAGAAGAUGACCCAGCUCCCAGGUCCCAUCAAAGAAUUCCUGGACCAAUAUGACGCUCCCUUCUAAGUGGCUUCUUCAGUGGGGGUGGCCCACCACACAAGCACAAGGACAGGACUUGGAAAAUGAUGGCUAACGAGAUUACAGGGCGAGACAAGAGACUUUUUUUCCCAUUCUGGCUUGUGGAAUAAGAGGGGCUGGGGGCAUGGAGCAGGCAAGGAGCCUCUGCCCAGCACAGAGACGGUCUUGCUGUUGUUUGUUCUGGAUGGUUUGCCCAUGGAUGGGGUACUCUGUGCAAGAGACCGAUGAUGGUGCUUGACUAUGGAACGGGCUGCUGCUCCUUCACACAAUUGUCCUUCCCAGCUACAGCCCAGGAAAUACUGUGUUUAUCUGGCUUGUGCUGGGCAUAUCAGAAUGGUUUGCAACCCUCCCUAACCCAUGGACAGUUUACAAAGAGCAUUUGCUCUGCACUGGCCCAGACCACCUCUAGUAACCUUUGACCAAAACCAUUCUGCAGAGACAAUGAAACUAAUGCACUGGAAUCCAGCUAGUGCCUGAAGACCGACUUUUCCUCAGUUUUAAGGGGAAACCUUUUUAUAUUGUUAUUCAUCUUUACCUCUCUCAACCUCCUGGAGGGGCAGAAUAUCUUUUCAUCCAAAGCCUCUUCCUCAAAGGAACUGCCGCACAUCCAUACAGGGGACUAAGCCUUAAAACAAACUCCACAUCCUCUGAUCCCAUGGACCUGGGUUGUUACUGCACACUGCAUGGGGGAAUGCCAUAUACUCUCUGUGCAAGCAAUGGAGGACAUCAUUUUACAAAAUUGGCACCACUGCUUUUAGAAAACCUAAAUGGAUAAUGAAUGAUCUAGCCAUUUCCCCCAAAGCGUUAUUCAGCUUUGGCUCCUGCGCCCAGACUGAUAAUCUCUUGCCUUUAUUCUUGGGUUUUCAGCUCAUCAAAGAAUGGUCUUGUAUCUACACAGAGGUUGUGGAUUUGCUUGGGCCCUAAAUCGCACUGAAUAACCGAAAAACAUACAGGAAUGUAGCAACAACAGAAUUACCUGGAACUCUUAUUAUUUUUUUGUAAAAAGGAAAAACCAAAAAAAACUGUAACCAAAAUUUUGUGUGUUCAUCUUAUUUUUCCAUAUCAGGGUUUUAGAAGGGCAGAUGAGGUUUUGUUUUUACAGAAAGAAAUGUUUACAGACCUGCCUUAAAAAAAAUAUCAUUCUGUCUUUUAUAAAGAUUCCACCCUUCAGCCUUGCAGGCUGUUAGACAUGCUUGAAGACUCAACCAAAAAAAUCAAAACUUGGAAGAAAACUUUGCACAUCUAUUUAUAUUUAUAGUCAAUGGAUUUUAAAAAUGACGUUCAUUAAUUUAUAAUAAAAGGCACUAUUUUUUAAAUGAAA